AUGAAGCCCACAGAGAUACGGGCAGUUGAAGCCUUAGGCCUUGGUUUCGAUUUGGCCAGUGAUUUCCGGCUCAAGUUCGUGAAAAGAUGCCCCGACGGUGGCAGAUUAGUGAGUUUAGAUGAGAGGAAUAAGAGGGACGUCGUGAUUCCAGGACUCGGGGGCGUCACGAUUCCCGACGUACCAGAUUGCAUUCGGGUCGAUAAAGGAGACCACAUUAGGUUUAAGUCCGAUGUUCUCCAAUUUAAUCAGAUGUCAGAGCUACUUAAUCAAAAAUCAUCAGUACAGGGGAAAAUUCCUUCAGGAUACCUUAAUGCUAUUUUUGAUUUAACUGGAGCCUGGUUGAAUGAUGCUUCUGACACCAAGUGGCUUCAGACGAUGGCUGCUAAUCCAGAAGCUGUACUCUUCAAGUUUGUACCUAUUACUUCUCUGCUUAAUGGGAUUCCAGGGAGUGGCUAUCUUAGUCAUGCAAUAAACUUGUACCUCCGAUACAAGCCAGCUUUAGAAGAUCUGCAGUAUUUUUUGGAUUUUCAAGUUCCUAGUCAGUGGGCACCUUUGUUCUGUGAGUUGCCUCUUAGACAUCAAAAAAGGAAGGCUGCCGUUCCUUCAUUGCAGUUCAGUUUCUUCAGUCCAAAGAUUUAUGUCAGUUCUACCCAGGUACUUGCAAUUUCUCAGAAUCUUUUUUCUUGA